AUGUCUGGAAAUAUUCGAGGACUAAGAGAUAUUGACAGAGAUCGAGAAGAAAGAGAGCGUCGAGCACUAAUUCAAAGAAACAGAGAAAAUCGUCGUCCUAAUCAAUAUCCUAUAUUAGGCUACGGUUUUGAGCUUGGCACUGCAGACUCUGCUCGAAAAGAAACAUUUUGCCAAAUGAUUAAAUAUCCUUUUUUCCAUUACUUUCCCCAAAAAACACUCUUAAAUUAUAUAUCCCAUAUAAUCCAUAAUAUUCUCUAUAUAUUUUUUGUCCUUAUUUCACUAUUUACUCAUUCAUUUUUGCUAUCACCUGUGCUCAAAUAAUCAUGUAUACAAUAACAGUGUUUUACGAUUACAAUACCGAUGCGUUUUUAGAGCCAGAAGAAGACACUUUAGAUGAUUUUGGGGCAAAAAAUCCAGAAGAAAUGCAGCAGAAUUACCAAGUAUGAAGAUUUGUGACUCCAAUACUUUUGCAUGCUAACAUGGCCCAUAUAAUUUUCAAUUUGUUCACAUAAGGAUAAUAAAUAAUUGAUUUCUGAUGAAUUAAAUUAUUUUUUUAAAAUAAAUUAGGAAACAAGAACAACAUUAUAAAGCGCAGGAAUUAAAUAAUAAAGAAGGUAUACAAGUUAUACUUGGAUUUAGAUUAGAGCCUACAGUAGGAUGGUGGAGAACUGCAAUUGUGUAUGUUGGCUCAGGGAUUGGAGGAGUCAUUUUCAGCUGUUUAGUUGCCCCUGAUGAUCUAGCUGUAGGAGCGUCAACUGCGAUAUUUGGAAUUACAGCGGCGAUGAUUAUGUGGAUCAUUAUGAACUGGUCAAGCCUUGAAGACGAUCUGUAUAGGACUGUCACUUUGAUUUGGCUUUUAAUUUUACUUAUGUUCAAUAUCUUAUUAGGAUUUGUAAGAAAUAUUUAGACUUCAAGCUUAAUUGACAACUGGGGACAUAUAGGUGGAACCAUCACGGGGCUAGUUUUGGGAUUUGUGGUCUUUGAGCUUAUUGACCCUCCAACACAAACAGACAAAUAUUUGAAGGUGGCUGGAUAUGUGUUCUUAGGGUUUUAUUAUAUUGGAGGCUUAGUCUUGUUCUAUACAGUCAUAGAAACUUAA